ACAUUCUGAACAAAAUCCACCGAAUAUCUUGGAAACAUGGCCGUUGGUGACGGUACAACAAAAAACGGCUUAAAACGCAAGGCCCGUUCUAAGCCUUCCUCAUCCACAAAAAGGCUAAAAACCCAAACCUCCUCUCUCAGUGGUCUACCAUGGAAGUCCGUUGCAAGGCCUACAAUGAGCGGAUAUGAUGGAGACGAUGGAAUUCUGGAGUUAGAGGAGGUCGAUGAUGUAGAGGUGUUAUAUGAAGAGACUGAAGCAGGCAAAGUUCUAAAAUUCAAUAUCCUUGAAAAAACGGACAAAAAAGGGAAGCACGACGACAUCGAAAAUUCCCCAGAUACUCCAGAAGACAUAGAAGCAGGAAUUGAAUCGACUACUGAUGUGCCUCUGUCGUCCAUAUCAUUUGACUCCAAACUUCUUUUGCCUAAUUGGCAUUCCUAUUCCUUACACCCGCACUUGCUGCAAAUACUGCAUCAUCAAGGAUUUACGACUCCAACACCCAUUCAAUCAAAAUCUCUACCAAAGGCGAUGGAGGGACGAGACAUAGUGGGAGUAGCUGAGACGGGGUCUGGAAAAACGCUUGCAUAUGGUCUUCCCAUCCUACAUCAUCUUCUUUCGCGCUCGCGCCAUCCUUCUUCCAAAGUCAAGCGACAGGUGCAAGCGCUUGUACUGGCCCCCACACGUGAACUCGCCCUACAAGUAUCAGAUCAUCUGAAUAUGUUUGCCAGAUCAAUUGAGGCUCCUAUCAAGGAGGAAACUUUGGACGUCGAACUGAGUGAAACCCAACAGCUCAAGGAUAAAUCCAAAGGUAAAAAUGUCGUCUCUGGCACAGCAAAAACAUUCAGCAAGCCUCCUCUCGUUAGCAUUGCUGCCAUUGUUGGAGGAAUGUCAGCGCAAAAGCAACGACGUAUAAUCGACCGAGGUGUCGAUAUUCUGAUAGCUACACCAGGUCGAUUAUGGGAUAUAUUGGAGGAGGAUGAUUCUCUGGCCAAACAGCUCGCUUCCUUAAGGUACUUGAUAUUAGAUGAAGCCGAUCGAAUGGUAGAAAACGGCCACUUUGCAGAAUUGGACAACAUCUUACGACUUACUCUAAGGCUAUCUCGGGAAGAUGUGAUUGAACCUGAGUUCGAAACCCAAGACACCGAGGUCCAGGCUCACGCAGAAACAGAGGAUGCAUUGCAAACCUUCGUGUUUUCUGCUACCUUGAGUAAAGAUCUACAGCGCGAUCUCAAAAAGGGAUAUCGGCCAAGGAUUGGCAAGAAAGGCAGAUCAAAACCUGCUUCGACUCUCGAGGAUCUGGUACUCCGACUUGACUUCCGUGAUGCGAACCCGGAAGUGAUAGAUAUUAGUCCAGAAGGCGGUGUAGUUUCGGGUCUACAGGAGAGUAAAAUUGAAUGUUUAUCUGCUGAUAAGGAUAUCUACCUUUACUACUUCCUCUUACGUUAUCCUGGCCGUUCCCUUGUGUUUCUCUCAUCGAUCGACGGUAUAAGAAGGCUAACGCCCCUUAUGGAUCUACUAAAUGUCAAAGUCUUCCCACUACACUCUCAGUUGGAGCAGAGACAGCGUUUAAAGAAUCUUGACCGAUUCAAAUCGACUCCGAACUCGGUUCUCCUCGCAACCGACAUUGCGGCGCGUGGACUUGAUAUACCUGCAGUCGAUCACGUUAUACAUUACCAGAUUCCUCGCUCCGCCGACACAUUCAUUCAUCGAAAUGGACGAACUGCGCGAGCGAUGAGGAAGGGCUUCAGUUUACUCAUGUGCGCGCCAGACGAAAGAAGAGUGGUGAAGGCCUUGCUAUUGAGCCUUGGUCGUGAUGAUGCCGAUAUCCCGGAAAUUUCUGUCGAACUGAAUCUGCUGGACAAAUUGAAGGCUCGUGUUCAACUUGCCCGGCAAAUAGACACGGCACAACAUAAGAUUAAGAAGGCGAAUCACGAACGGACGUGGAUGAAGGAGGCAGCCGAGGCAAUGGAGAUAGAACUCGACUCAGACUUCAUGAGCGGUUCUGACGACGAGGGCAAGCCCAGCAAACAGCAGACGAAGAUGAAGAAUGCGAAGACCGCUGCGCUCAAGGCGGAGUUACGAGAAAUGCUAUCGCAGCCAUUGGUUGCGCGGGGUAUCUCGACGAGAUAUAUCACAUCGGGGAGCCGGCCAAUAGUCGAUGAUAUCAUUGCUGGAGAGUACCACGACAUGAUGCUGGGACUGAAGAAAACGGAGGCUGGGAAUGACUUGCUCACUGCCAAGAAAGGGAAGCAGAACAAAAAGGAGAAAGCCGAACCAGAAGAGUGGAACGGGUUUGGUUCUUAGCACUUCAGUCCGUCCAGUAUGGCGUUAACUUUAAACUAAUCUAUGUCUGUCGGUGUCCAUUUGACACCGGUGGGACUGCCUGGGUGGGUCAGGCAUGGUGCGAAGAGGAGCAUGGUUUGAUCGCAACAGGGUGAUGGUUUGAUGUGUGAUGGGGCUGGUGCUGCGAGGGCGCCCAACAUACUACGAGUAGCCUAGUGCCUUGAUGUGCCACGAUCUAAGAGAAUAAAGAUGAAACAAA